AUGGACCACACGUCCCCAACCUACAUGCUUGCUAACUUAACCCACUUACAUUCGGAACAACUUCUGCAGGGCUUGAAUCUUCUUCGUCAACAUCACGAACUCUGUGACAUCAUUCUUCGAGUCGGUGAUGUUAAGAUCCAUGCUCACAAAGUGGUACUUGCCAGCAUCAGCCCAUAUUUCAAAGCUAUGUUCACUGGAAACCUUUCUGAAAAAGAGAACAGUGAGGUUGAGUUUCAGUGCAUUGAUGAAACUGCUCUCCAGGCCAUUGUGGAGUAUGCCUAUACAGGAACUGUUUUUAUUUCACAGGACACAGUUGAAUCUCUCCUUCCAGCAGCAAACCUACUCCAGAUAAAACUUGUCCUGAAGGAAUGUUGUGCAUUUCUUGAAAGCCAGCUUGAUCCUGGUAAUUGUAUUGGAAUUUCUCGUUUUGCAGAGACAUACGGUUGUCAUGACCUUUAUUUGGCAGCUACUAAAUACAUAUGCCAGAAUUUUGAAGCUGUUUGCCAGACUGAAGAGUUUUUUGAGCUUACACAUGCUGAUUUAGAUGAAAUUGUUUCCAAUGACUGUUUGAAUGUAGCUACCGAAGAGACUGUUUUUUAUGCCCUUGAGUCUUGGAUCAAGUAUGAUGUACAAGAACGUCAGAAAUACUUAGCACAGCUACUUAAUAGUGUGAGAUUACCAUUGCUGAGUGUUAAGUUUCUCACUAGACUAUAUGAAGCAAAUCAUCUUAUUCGUGAUGAUCGCACUUGUAAACAUCUUUUGAAUGAAGCCCUAAAGUACCACUUUAUGCCUGAACAUAGACUGUCUCAUCAGACUGUCCUGAUGACACGACCUCGCUGUGCUCCCAAAGUACUUUGUGCCGUAGGAGGAAAAUCUGGACUAUUUGCCUGUUUGGAUAGUGUGGAGAUGUACUUUCCUCAGAAUGACUCUUGGAUUGGUUUGGCACCCCUAAACAUUCCUCGCUAUGAAUUUGGAAUAUGUGUUUUAGACCAAAAAGUGUAUGUUAUAGGUGGUAUUGAAACGAACGUGCGUCCUGGCAUCACUAUCAGAAAACAUGAAAAUUCAGUAGAAUGCUGGAAUCCUGAUACAAAUACCUGGACUUCUCUUGAGAGAAUGAAUGAGAGCCGCAGUACCCUUGGAGUAGUAGUACUUGCAGGAGAACUUUAUGCUUUAGGUGGUUAUGAUGGACAAUCUUAUUUACAAUCUGUAGAGAAGUAUAUUCCUAAAAUAAGAAAAUGGCAACCUGUGGCACCAAUGACUACAACAAGAAGCUGUUUUGCUGCAGCCGUGUUGGAUGGAAUGAUAUAUGCCAUUGGUGGGUAUGGUCCUGCCCACAUGAACAGUGUGGAGCGUUAUGAUCCAAGUAAGGACUCCUGGGAGAUGGUUGCAUCUAUGGCAGAUAAAAGGAUUCACUUUGGUGUGGGUGUCAUGCUAGGCUUUAUUUUUGUGGUGGGUGGACAUAAUGGUGUCUCACAUUUGUCAAGCAUUGAAAGAUAUGACCCUCAUCAAAAUCAGUGGACUGUGUGUAGACCAAUGAAAGAACCCAGAACAGGGGUUGGUGCUGCAGUAAUUGAUAACUACCUUUAUGUAGUUGGUGGUCACUCAGGGUCUUCCUAUCUGAAUACCGUGCAGAAAUACGACCCUAUAUCAGAUACGUGGCUGGAUUCAGCUGGCAUGAUAUACUGUCGCUGCAACUUCGGAUUAACAGCACUUUGA